UAAAAAAAUUCAGCGAAAUGGCGGACAGAAGAAAAAUCACAUUGUAAUUUCCUUUUUUAUUGGAAUGUGGAGUAUGGUUGUGGAAUCCAAAGCGAACAACAGAGAUUGGUGUGACUGUUCUUCGUCGUCGAUCUGUUUAGAUUCUUCCUUAUAAUCUGUGUCUAGACCUAUCGCACUUCAUAAUGACAGAACCAAGCUCAACUGAUGUGAUACUGGACUUUUUGAGGAGAAAUCGCUUUACAAGAGCUGAGGCAGCUUUGCUUAGUGAACUUGGUAACCGCCCUGAUUUAAAUGGAUUCUGCCAGAAACUUACCCUUGAGGAGGAAUCUGGCAAGGUACUAGAAGAAGAAAAUGGGAAAAAAAUAGCUGGUGAAAGUCAUGGUUCGGGUUCUCAAAACAGUGGUGAGGUCUCUAAGGAACUUAUAGUGAAAGAGAUAGAGUGUGCGGCUGGCAGAAAUGGGCCUGAAAGUCAAUGGAGAAAUGCUGCUUCUACUGGGGAUUCUAAUAAACCCAAUGAAGCAAGAGUGACAAGUGAUAAGAGUUUUGCAUUCUCUAAUAAACCCAAUGGUCCUGAUCCGUUAAAAAAUGACAGUAUAAUUAGUAGCUCCGGUUUUUCAGACAUGGAGAAACCAGAUCAGUUAAGAUAUUGUAUGUCUGAAGCUCCUGAAAUUCAUAAAGGCAAUGUUAAAUCUGGAGAAGAGAUUUCCUUUCCAGUUGAAACUAAAACUUCAUGGCUUGGAAAUACCAGCAAAGCUAAUUUGGAUUACAGGUAUGACAAGUUUCAUACGAGUGAAACUAAGGAGCUAGAUCAGCAAUUUAAGACUAGCAGCGGAUAUUUGAAGGAAAACUUUGCUGAUAACAUCAGAUGGUCCAGAACUGAGGAACCCAGUGGUUCAUCUUCAGAGAUAAGGAAAGAUUAUUCCGUCAAGACUGGUUUUCCAUUUCCUAACGGGGAUGUAUCAAUCGGCAAUAAUGCUGCUAGUGCUUCAGAUAAGAGAGGAGGAAAGCAAAAAGCAGAUGUGCUUGAUGCCAGAGCAGCAAUUAAAGAACAGGUGGAUGAGGUUGGGAGGGCUCUAUUCUUUGGGAAGUCUCAAGUUAGUGCUGAGCAAAAAGGUAUGAAUGGAUUGGUCUUCCCCCUUCCCUAUGAUGAUCAAAAGGAAGUGUUUCCUAGGUUGCCUCCAGUUAAACUCAAAUCAGAGGAGAAAUCAUUGAAUAUUAGCUGGGAGGAAAAAUACGAGCGUGAUGGCCCAGGAGCAAAGCUCAUGACUUCCGACAAUACCUUUCUUAUAGGGUCCUAUUUGAAUAUUCCCAUUGGGCAAGAGAUAAAUGCUUCAGGCGGGAAAAGGAAUGCUGGAGGUAGUUGGCUUUCUGUGAGUCAGGGCAUUGCAGAAGAUGCAUCUGAUCUGGCUUCUGGUUUUGCUACCAUUGGUGAUGGAUUAAGUGAACCUGUUGAUUACCCAAAUGAGUAUUGGGACUCUGAUGAAUAUGAUGACGAUGAUGAUGUUGGAUACAUGAGGCAACCUAUUGAGGAUGAAGCCUGGUUUCUGGCUCAUGAAAUUGAUUAUCCUAGUGACAAUGAGAAGGGAACUGGGCAUGGGAGUGUUCGGGAUCCACAAGAAAGAGGUCAAACCAAGGAUGAAGAUGAUGAUCAAUCAUUUGCAGAAGAGGAUUCUUACUUCUCUGGCGAGCGGUAUCUCCAGGCAAAUAAUGUUGAACCACUUGCAGCUUGUGAUGAUCCGCUGUCUGUAACUGAAAUGUAUGACAGGACUCAUGAGAAUGAUUUAAUUGCCCAAUAUGAUGGACAGUUGAUGGAUGAAGAGGAGCUUAAUUUGAUGCGUGCUGAACCUGUUUGGCAGGGAUUUGUCACACACACAGAUGAACUUAUCAUGCUGGGGGAUGGAAAAUUUCUCAAUGAGUGUGGUAGAUCUCAGCUGGAUGAUAUUCGUAUAGAUAAUGAUCAGCAUGGUUCAGUUAGGUCAAUUGGUGUGGGAAUCAGCAGUGAUACUGCUGACUUUGGCAGUGAAGUACAUAAAAGUUUAGUUGCAGGUAGUAGUGAAGGGGAUUUAGAAUAUUUUCAUGACCAUGAUGGUUCUAUUGGUGGUUCUCGACAAAGUCAUCAUGAAACUGAAAGGAAAUAUAUUGACAAAUCAUCUAGAGAUAAAAGAAAAACGGGAAAAAAUGAUUCUAAUAAGAAUGUUAUUGGGAAUGAUAAAGGUCUGAACACCCAGGUGAAAAAUCUUGGAGAUGGGGGAUUUUCUUUUCCUCCGCCAUUAAGAGAUGGGCAGAUUGUGCAGGCAGGCCCUAGUAAGUCUUUAUGGUCAAAUAACUGCAAUGUUGCUGGUGAAGACCAUGAUGACUAUUUGACUGCUUUGAUGGGGUCUGACGAUAUGCUUGCUACAUGGCGGCGAAAAAGUAGUGAUUCUUCAACUGCCAAAAGUUCUAGGGAUGAAGAUGACACCAACGCUGUAAGAUCAGCAAAUUCUAGUCCUUCGUCUCUCUCUAAUUAUGGCUAUGGUGAACAAAAGCAGACCAAGAAAUUAGAGGAUGGGAAAAUUAGUGGCACGAGGGAAGAGGAUCUUGGGGCAUCGCUUGAAGAUGAAGAGGCUGCUGCCGUCCAAGAGCAAGUGAGACAGAUUAAAGCACAGGAGGAGGAAUUUGAGACCUUUGAUCUAAAGAUUGUGCAUAGGAAAAACAGAACUGGAUUUGAGGAGGAUAAGAAUUUUCACGUUGUUCUAAAUUCUGUUAUCGCUGGGCGCUAUCAUGUCACUGAGUAUCUCGGAUCAGCUGCGUUUAGUAAAGCUAUACAAGCUCAUGACCUGCACACUGGCAUGGAUGUCUGUGUGAAAAUUAUAAAGAACAACAAGGAUUUUUUUGACCAAAGCCUUGAUGAGAUUAAGCUUCUCAAGUAUGUUAACAAACAUGAUCCAGCAGAUAAACAUCACAUUCUCCGAUUGUAUGAUUACUUUUACUACCGAGAGCAUUUGCUAAUAGUCUGUGAACUUCUCAAGGCAAACUUAUAUGAGUUCCAUAAAUUUAAUAGAGAAUCAGGUGGAGAGGUUUAUUUCACAAUGCCAAGAUUGCAGUCAAUUACCAUUCAGUGUUUGGAGGCUCUCCAGUUUUUGCAUGGUCUUGGCUUAAUACACUGUGACCUGAAGCCAGAAAAUAUAUUAGUUAAAAGCUAUAGUAGAUGUGAGGUGAAGGUCAUUGAUCUUGGGAGCAGUUGUUUUGAGACAGAUCACCUAUGCUCCUAUGUUCAAUCCAGGUCCUAUCGUGCACCGGAGGUUAUCCUAGGACUUCCAUAUGACAAGAAAAUAGAUGUCUGGUCACUUGGCUGUAUCUUGGCAGAACUCUGUUCUGGCAAUGUACUCUUCCAAAGUGAUUCACCUGCGACAUUGCUUGCACGAGUAAUUGGAAUAAUAGGUCCAAUCAAACAAGAUAUGCUUGCCAAAGGACGGGAUACAUACAAAUACUUCACGAAGAACCACAUGCUUUAUGAACGUAAUCAGGAGACCAAUCGACUGGAAUACCUGAUACCGAAGAAGACAUCCUUAAGGCAUCGGCUGCCUAUGGGCGACCGGGGCUUCGUUGAUUUCGUUGCCCAUUUGCUUGAAGUAAACCCAAAGAAGCGUCCUUCUGCAGCAGAGGCUCUGAAGCACCCAUGGCUAUCAUACCCAUAUGAGCCCAUAUCAGCUUGAGGUUUGUUCGACGAGACUUGCGACGAUAUCUUUCCUCGUAUCAGCUCCGUCGUAUUGACCAGGGAAGGAGCUGUUUGUAUUACUGACUGGAAUUGAUCUUAUCCAUUUGUAGUGGAUAUCUCCAAGGAGCUAUUAUCAUCCCUUGACAUUCCUGCAAAAGGUGUUUGAUUUUGUUUGGUUAUAUGGUAUUAUAUAUGUAAUUUUGGAAGAUUGGAGUUAAUUGAUCUGUGGUGGGUGGGGGAAUCUAAUAUUGUUGUACAUGACAUCAUGAUGUGUGAUAUUUGUCUUG